AAUACGCAACACGCGAAAUUUUUAUCUUUCUAUAGUCUAUUUUCCCGCCGAUUUUCUUACUAUCUUACAGUGAUGUAUUUUCUACGUAUUAUAUUUCUGAAAAUAGACUUUUAAAUAGUAAAAUUUUUAUAUCUGUAUAUAAUAUUUUAAUUUUGGAAUUUGUACAUAUUUAAUAUAUGCUUUUCUUUGCUUUGUUAUUAUCUAUAUUCAUGUAAUAAGUUAUUGUUAGGUUAUAGUAAUGUGUCAUUGACAGAUUUGUCGAUCUUGUCAAUUGAUGUAAUGUUGUAAGAAAAGUUUUAUAUUUACACGUAUUUAGAGAUCAUUGACAUGAAAAUGAUGGACAAUGAUGGACAAGAUGAUUGUAUUGAGGCAAUUACUCCUAUUAAGAAAAAAAAAAUGAAACAAGCACAAUUGCCAUUUCAAAUGCAAAAUCAGAUACAGUCAUCGAAUGUUGUUCAAAGUAAGAAAAGGAAAUUAACAUCACCUUCGAUCGAGAAUAAUUCUCCGAAAGCAAUGAAAAUUUUUAAGAAAAGUUUGAAUACAGAUAUUGUAGGUAGUAAAUCGAAUAAUAUAGAUAUUGAUAUAGAAAAUGAAAAUGAUAUAGAAGAGAUAGAAGUUGAAAAUUUGAAAGAAAAUUCAACAUCUAAUAAAUUAAAAACUGAAAAUAAAUGUGAAACUCCAAGACAGAGUGGACAAAAAGCAUUAGAAAAACAAGAAAAAUUAAAAUCAAAUCCUUUAACAAAGUUCCUUCAAAAGACUGAUAAACAAAAAAAUAAUUCAAAGGAUGAGUCUCAAAUUUCUUUGCAAGAAGGAAAAGAUGACUUAUUUAAAAAGACUUCUGAAAAAAAAUAUAUAAGUAACAUAAGCGUAUCAGAAACAAGAAAUAAUUUAACUAAUAAAAUAGAAGACUCACCAUCUACUGUAAAUAAUUCUCCAAAUCAGACUGAUUCUGAUAUUGCUAUUUUAUCGUCCGAUGAAGAUAAAGAUGAACAAACAAAAUCAAUUACUGAUACAAUAAAAGAUAUAACUAGUAUCUCAAAAAAUAUUAAGACUCCUAAAAUGGAAAAAAUAAAACAAAAAAAAUUAACACCUAAACAAGAAGAAAAGAAAUUAUUAAUUGCUAAAAGAAAAGAAGAAAGGCGAAGAUCGAAAAUGGAAAAAGAAAAGAAAUUAGAGGAAGAACGAGAAAAUCGAAGAAAAGAAAAAGAAGAGAAACGUAAAGAAAAAGAGGAAAGAGAGAAAGCUGAAAAAGAGCAGAAGAUGAUGGAGAAAAAAAUGAAAGAACAAAAAAAACAAAUGGAAAUUGAACAAAAGCAGAAGGAAAGACAAGCAAAAGAGGAAGAACGUAGAAAGAGAGAAGAAGCUAAGGAAGAGGAAAAAAGAAAAAAAGAAGAAGAAAAGUUAGAAGCAGAACGUAAGAAACAAAAAGCAGCUACAACUUUUGCCAGUUUUUUCGUCGCAAAGAAACAAGAGAAAUGCGUUGAAGAUGAAAAUACAACCGAAGUAAAAAAUUUCAUGCCUUUUGAAAUUAAGGCGGACAUGAAAAUAGCUCCAGUUUGUAGGAGAACUCUAGAAGAGCAGGAAAAAUUAUUAUUAGAUGAAAAAACAAAUAAAGGAAAUACGGAAAUAUCAGAUUUAUAUCUUAAUGAAAUUAAAGAUAAAAAAAUUGUUCCCCGCAAAUCAUUUAAAACUUGGCCACUUGAAGCAAAAGAUGAUAUAAUUUUGUUAGACGAAGAAAACGAAGGUAGUUCGAACAUCGUAAAUCAAAAUAUCGUUGUAGAGAAACAACGACCUAAAUUAUUACAAUUUUCUGAAAAUUUGCGUCCACCUUAUUGGGGUACAUGGAGGAAAUGCAGCAAGAAUAUUAAUCCUCGAAGACCAUUUUCAAAAGAUAUGGAAUACUUCAAUUACGAAAUUGAUUCGGACGAGGAAUGGGAGGAAGAGGAACCGGGUGAAUCGUUGCACGGUUCGGACGAUGAAAAAGACGAGGAGAAUCCGGAGGACAACGAAUAUGAUGUUGAUAACGAUUUCAUGGUACCCCAUGGGUACCUAUCCGAUGAAGAGCUUCGCGCUGACGAAGAAGAUAAGGAAGACAUGUCCCCUGAAACGCAAAAAGUUAGAUUGAAACUGCUUGGAGAACAAUUCGAAUCGGAAAGGAAUGCGAAGACUUCGAAAUUGAAGCCAAAAAUAAUCGGUAUAAUUUGGCGUGGGCCCGAUAACAAUUUUCCACCAAACGUACCAGCAAAGAUUGUAGACUUCUUGACAGCACGUGAGGCUUGGGUCCGUCAAAUACCGUGUUCAGCUCUGCUGUCGACGCCAACCACGUCUGAGAACGAGACAGCUAACGAGCGCGCUUCGCCUUCGCCCACGCAACAACAAGCGCCAUCCAGUUCGAAGAAAACACGAGUUCCGGAAGCGGCUAUUCCGGACCUGAUUCGACUCGUACACGGGAACGUACAUGGCAGAGGAUUCCUCGUAAAAGAGUUCAUGACCUAUUGGAGCAAGAAGGACGAUUCAAAUGGCAAUUACAUCUCGAAGGCAAGUUUAUUGCAAAAAAUUCGCGACAUUGGAAAAUGGAUGCCUUGCCCAGAUGAGGGACCGAUGCAUUCGAAGGCUUGUUGGUACGUUCACGAGGAAAUCAGGAAGAAAUACGUUAACGAGGAGUUAUCGUUGCCAAAUCAAUGGUCGUACACUCUGAUUCCGAAGAAGAAGAGAAACGAUAACUCGUUGCAGAUCGUUGAGAAAGUAGAGAAAGAGGAUAAGGAUAGAGAGAGGAAGAACGCACCUCUGAUUACUCAAUUCACUAAAAAAAUCACCCAGGAGGAGAUGAAGAAACAAUUAACUGUUAAGCCUAAUUAUACUGGUUCGCAAACCACUUCGCAAAGUAAACCCACGAUUAAGCUUCCGAAAAGGGCGAGAUUAAUUUCUGUUAAAAGAGGCGAGGAAUUGCCUAAAACGUCGAGGGAGAAUUUGCUGAAAGAUUUCGUCAACGCGAAGGCUGACGAUAAAAGUUCGUUGGAGGACAAUGAUUCGGAUGAUGUGGUUAUAUUGUGCACCAAGAAUAAUGAAAAUAAGGAUGAAAAGAAGGAGGGCGAAGAUAGACUUGUUGCUGGUCAUACGGAGUCUGAAGAGAAAAGAAACGAUGAAGAAGAAUCAUCAAAUGAUGACAACGGAAGUAUCGUAACGUUGAAAUCUGAGAAUUCGGCAGAGAAUAUCGUAUCUGAUAAAAAUGUGAGCAAAACUAUAGAUAUUCCUAUGAACAUCGACAGCGAUUAAGUAGAAUGUUAAUAACUUGUGAAAAAAAUUGCAACAGAUUCGAAUAUUUUACGUAGAAAAAAAAAAAAAAACUUCAAAAAUGUGAUAAAGACACAACUGUAGUUAUAUAGAUUAAAAAAAAAAAAAGAGAGAGAAAUAAUAAAUUUGACGGAAUAAUAUUUCUGUCGCGAUAUCUUCAUGGAAUAAAUCGUAUUUUUGAUAUUAUUUUGUGUUAGAAUUUUUACUGAUGCGUUCAUGUUUUGCAUUAUCGAUCAUGCAUAUAUUUGAAGGAUUCAGAAAGAAUAUAAAUCACAUUUUCACAGCAUGGCUUGUUUUCAAUCGACAAAUCAAUGAAAUAAUUACUCCAAUAUUUAAUAUAGAUUUAAUUGAUUUGCUAUUUGAAAAUAUAAACGAUAAAAAAAACUACACAAAUCAUUUUCAGAGAAUAUAACUUGGCUUUGGAAUCCUCUAUUUAUAUUUUUCACAUUUUGCUACGUAUAAUAUAUAUAAUAUACUACAUGUUUAAUCGUAUAUAAUGUGUACAAAAUGCUGAACUGUUUUGUAUUUUUGUAAAAUUUAUCCGAUAUUUCUAUCUUAUACAUAUACACGAUACAAUUGUUACAUCGUUAUUAUAAGAGUAUUAUAAAUAUUCUAGCUAUUAAGAAAUACAAUAUAAACAAUGUUUAAUCUUGAUCCAACAUUAAAUAUCGUUAGAAGAGAAGAACAAGUUUUCGAUUAUUAAUUGUUAUUGUUUAAGAACAAUUUUAUAUCGUGUUAUAUGAAACAGGAUAAUUUUUAUUUACGCAAUAUAUUAUUAUAUUUUAUUAAUGGCUCUUGAUGGCUUUGAUAGAUAAUUAUCAUGAACGCUUUUGAUACUAUGUAUGUUGCAAGGUAAAUGUAGAAUGAAAGAAAUGAAAUGAUUCAUUACAAUUCAGAUUGCGCGUAGAUAAAUUGCUUUUUUGAAAUGAUAUCUUCUAUAAUAUUGUAGAGAUGAUAGAUUUAAGAAAUGUUGUAAUGUAAUUCGUUACGUUUCUAUUGUGCCACAUUUUGAAUUUCAUUUUGAUAUUGCUCAAAAAUAUUGCAACGACAAUAGAAUAUAUUUUUUAAUAUCGAUAAUUUUUACUCAUAAUUUAUACAAAUGAUAUUUGAUAUAUGGAUACUUUUAUAUCGUGAAAUAUGAUAUUAAAUAUGAUAAUACGAAUAAGAGUUCAAAGAGAAAUAUAUACGUUGAUACAGAUCCUUAAAUUUAAAAAAACUGCGAGUAACAAUUUUUAAGAUAAUUUUUCAGUACGUAUAUUUAGAGCGAUAUAUUCGGAAUUUUUGGAAAGAAUAAUUUUAAUCCGUAUUUAGAAAUAAAUUAAGAGAAAAAGAAAAA